GGCCGGAGGAGGGCGAGGCGGCGGCGGCGGCGGAGGGCUGGGCGGGCGGCGGCGGGGGGCGUCUGCGGCCCUCCUCGUACCGGGCGCUGCGCAGCGCCGUCUCCACCCUGGCGCGCAUCGACGACUUCUACUGCGAGAAGAUCGGCGCCGGCUUCUUCUCCGAGGUCUUCAAGGUGAGGCACCGGCAGUCCGGCCAGAUCAUGGUGCUGAAGAUGAACAAGCUGAUGAGCAACCGGGCCAACAUGCUGCGGGAGGUGCAGCUCAUGAACCGCCUCUCCCACCCCAACAUCCUCCGGUUCAUGGGUGUCUGUGUGCACCAGGGCCAGCUGCAUGCGCUCACAGAGUACAUCAACGGGGGGAACCUGGAGCAGCUGCUGGACAGCCCCGUCCCUCUGCCUUGGCCCGUGCGGGGCAAGCUGGCCCUGGAUGUCGCUCGGGGCCUGCGCUACCUCCACAGCAAGGGCAUCUUCCACCGCGACCUCACCUCCAAGAACUGCCUGGUUAAAUGUGACGACAACGGAUACACGGCUGUCGUGGGCGACUUCGGCCUGGCGGAGAAAAUCCCCACCUACAGUGAGGGUGGCGAGAAGGAGCCCCUGGCCGUGGUGGGCUCCCCGUACUGGAUGGCCCCUGAGGUUCUGCGUGGGGAGCUGUACAAUGAGAAGGCUGACGUCUUUGCGUACGGCAUCAUCCUCUGUGAGAUCUUGGCCCGGGUGCCAGCUGACCCCGACUACUUGCCCCGCACUGAGGACUUUGGGCUGGAUGCGGCUGCCUUCUGCACCCUGGUGGGAGCUGACUGCCCGGCGCCUUUCCUCCAGUUGGCUUUUCAUUGCUGCAGCAUGGAGCCCGCAGCCCGGCCUUCCUUCCUGGAGAUCACGCAGCACCUGGAAGCCGUCCUGGAGGAGCAGCGCAAAGCUGGGGACUCCGCCCUCCAGCGCGAGGGGCCCAGCCCCCCCGGGAGCCCCAGCUUGGCCCUGAACGGCCAAGCAGCAGCUGCAGUGGUCCAGGAGGUGAAGCCCCGCAAGCCUCUGUCGGGCCUGCCCGCCCAGCAGCUCCUCCCGCCAGACCAGCGCCUCUCCCGCAGCCAGUCGGACGUCUUCCCGCCAGGCUCGCCCCGCCUGCCCCGCGCUGCCGCCCCGGAGGCCACCCCGCCGCGGGUCAACCCCUUCUCGCGCCGCCAGGACCUCCAGGGGGGCCGGAUCAAGCUCUUCGACACGCCCAGCAAGUCCCUCAUCUCGCUGACCUUCGCCCUGCCGCCCCCCUCGCCCUUCCCGCCCCCCGGGGCACCCAUCACGCCUGAGCCGGCGGUGGAGGCGCAAUGUGACUUCUCCUCUGCGGAGCCUGCGCCCCCCCGGCGCAAGUGCCGCUCGCUGCCCGCCUCCCCAGAGCCCCCUCGCCGAGGGCAGCCGCCCCAGCCCCCCGGCAGCCCCCCCACCUUCCUGGCCCUGGACUGCAGCCGCCUCCCCCCCUCUCCCUCCGGCCCGCCCCUCCGGCCCACGGACUUCUGCCGCGGCCCCGACGGCCCCGCCGCACCCAACGGCACCCCGACCUGCAUCCGCACGGACCUCUCCGGCCCCCCGCCCCGCUGCUGGCCCCCCAACGGCCUCCUUGUCGCCAAGGCCCACCAGGGCUGGGGCGGGGGGCUGUCGGAGCUCAGCACGGCCCCCAGCACUGUGGAUGGCGGGCAGCCGGAGGAGCAAGUGGUGGCCAGGGGUGGCGCCCCGGACUCGGAGGAGGCCCUGCCUUGCCCCGCCUGCUGCCUCGGCCCCUUCACCUUCAGCCUCGCCUCCGUCUGCCGCCGGCCGGCCGCCAGCGCCCCCCGCUACCGUAGCUUGGGCUGCGAGGCCAAGAGCCUCCUGUGCCCACAGCGCCAGCAGCAGCAGCACAAGGGGGGGCCGCCAGGAGCCGGGCAGGCCGAGCCCAGCCGCAAACUGCCUGAAGCUCAGUCCUAG